GCGCCCAUAUGCACAGAUUGCACACAUCAACAUCACUCAAAGUUUCCUUUUAACAAUUCCACUGCUUAGUGUACGCCAAUUGCCUUGACCAGCAAACAUGUGUGACGUUGGGAACGUUGAUGUUGGAAGGAAAAGUGAGGUUGCCAUGAGCAACAGUGAAUUAUCAGAGUCAAAAUUGAAAACAGAGCCCGAAACAAAAGUAGAAAAAGAUUUUUCAGGAACUAAAAGUGGUUUCAAAAACGCUCUGUCAGUGUACAUAAACAAACCACACGUAGUCAACAGGAGAUUAUGUGGUGCAAAGAUUUUAUAUCAACGAUGGUAUCCAGUUUGUGAGGAAAAUGAAGUCAGUUCUUUGUCGGAACAUUUCACCAAAGCAGACGACAUGUGUGAUGAAGGGGAGGCAACCCAUGUUAUUACUCCAGCAGACGAAGAUGUGGAUCUGGAUUCCUAUGAGGAAGGAGUUGUGAUUAUUGUGAGGGACCUCAUCCCCAGACAGAUUGAUAAAUAUCCGACACUGCGGGAACUUGUGCAUUAUGAUUGCUCAACUGAUUCAAUAUCGUUCAUUCCUGUUUGUCAUGUGCAGUCACCCCCACCACACAAGCAGGACUUGAAUGAAGAUGCCUACAAGUUCACGUACAAGACCGACGGCACAACCAGGGUGCAGCUUUCUGUGAGAUCUAACAAAGAUGCAGGUCAUGUGACCUGGAGAUGGCUGAGCGAUGUUCUGCUGCAGAAGAUUGUGAGAUGGGGUCAGGAGGAGACGCUACGGACAGCAACCUCGUCUCUUAGACUGGUGCCUGUUGACGAGUACAACAGACUGUACAAUGAUCUCAAGGUCAAAUAUGGUCAUCCAUUUGUUGAAAAGUGGCCAGAGAAGACAGACCCAAAGAAAUUUGUGUACGAGGAUGUCGCCAUAGCAACCUACCUUCUGCUGAUAUGGAAGGCGGACCGGGAGAGGAGAGGCGUGACACAGCGGCAGUCAUUUGUGGACCUUGGGUGUGGCAAUGGCCUCCUGGUGCACAUACUGGCGGCUGAAGGGCACCAUGGCCUGGGGCUGGACAUCCGGAGGAGAGGUAUCUGGGACAUGUAUGGAUCUGAAACAAGGCUCAAGGAACAGACUGUUAUUCCAUCAGCAGACAGCUUGUUUCCAACAUACGAUUGGUUGAUUGGUAACCAUAGUGAUGAGCUGACGCCAUGGAUACCUCUUAUGGCUGCAAGAUCUUCCUACAACUGCUGUUACUUUGUCCUCCCCUGCUGUCUUCAUGACUUUGACAAGAAGUUCAGUGAGAGAGAAAAGGGUACUUCCCCAUACCGGACAUACCUGAACUUUGUGAAGGAGGUGGGGGAGGUGUGUGGCUUCCAGGUGGAGGAGGACACUCUCAGGAUACCCUCAACGAAGAGGGUGUGUUUUAUCGGUCGAGGGAGAACAUACACUGAGAAAGAGGAGACCCUCCAGGACACCACACGAACACUCUACGUUCAGAACCGAUGUGUACAAGACGACCCUGAACCCAACUCUCCAGGUUCUAAAAGGCCACGGUUGGAUGUGUCCGAGUCUGGGAAGGGAUGGUCCGCCAACUUUGAACCUAGGCAGAGUGAGGAGCCAGUUCGGAAUUGUCAGAAAGUUGCCACAGCAACCAAACAGGCCAUUGUGAAGACUGUAUUUGAGAAGAUACUUGUGGCACCAGAUGGAGAGGUUGUCUCCCUUGACGAGGGAAAAUGGUGGAGAAAAGGAGGUAGCCUGCCGUUGUGCGAGGUGGCACAGCUGUUUGACAAGGACAUUCUACAACAGUUGAAGGCAGAGAGCGGAGGCCUACAAACGCUGCUCAGGAACCAUAACAGUGUUUUUCAAGUAUCUGGAGGCCGGGUUCGUCUCCGCGACUUCUCCCAAGCCAACCCCUGGAGUCAGUCCCGCAAAGCAAAGACCAAGAAACUGGCAGCAGCAGACCAUCACAAGACGUCGCUGUGCUGGUUCCAUGACAACCACCCCGACGGCUGCCCUCGCUCAGCGGACAAAUGUGACUUUGCUCACGGACAUCAAGAGCUACGAGGAAAGCCACCACUUGAAAAAUGAUGCAAUUCGUUGUUAACAUGUGUGCCAACCAAUGUCUUUCAUGAAGGGGGAAUUGUCGACCCAGGUACUGAGAUGCAAGAAUUCCAUGCCGAGUUGUGUCCUCAGAGACCAGGAUUCAUGGGUUAUAACACUGAAUGUCUAAUUGUCCUUGGUCUGCCAGCACCAUACCCAUUCUGUUUUUCACCUAAGUGGCAACAUUCAUGAUUUGGUUUGUUUGUUGUUUAAUGCUGCUCUCAGCAAUAUUACAGCUAUAUGACGGCGGUCUGUAAAUAAUCGAGUCACUAAACAAGAAAAGAGCGUUAUGGUGAUUGACACCAUGAGCAUCGAUCCAUGCAAUUGGGAUAAAAUGACAUGCAUCAACCAAGUCAGCGAGUCUGACCACCCGAUCCCGUUUGUUGCCUUUUAUGGCAAGCAUGGGUUGCUGAAGACCUAUUCUACCCCGGAUCUUCACGGGUCCAAAAUUCAUGACCACCAGUGCCUUAAGUGUCACAAAGCAGUAUAUUUAACAGCAGUGUUAAUACUCUGAAACUUCCAGGGGGCACGGGUGACCUAGUAGUCUAAGGCGCCGUUAUUUCCUGUCCAGAGUUGCAUUCCUUGGGCGAACCAGAAACCUAUGAUCGAUUAUGUUUCUAGAUUUGUCACCACCAUACCUGUGCUCGUGGGUUUCACCGAAGUGGUAAACGUCUGAGACCUGCAUCACUUCAGGCUGUCCUCCCACAUUAAGCUGACAAAUAACUGGAGUACUGUUAAAAGCAGCGUUUAACCGAACGCACUCACUCUCAGAGAUUCUUGAAGAACUUAAUUAAAGAAUUAAAGUGUAGUAUCAUGAUUAUACAUUUUAAGCAUAUGACAUGUUACUGGAUAUGUUGUUUUGACUUACUCAGUUCUUUCUAUUUAAAGUUUGCAUGAACAUUGAUCAUAAAACAAGCAAUCUGUCAAUGCGUGUGCGGGUUAUUUGUUUAAAGCUGCACUUAGCAAUAUUCCAGCUGCACAACAUCUGCCUGUAAAUAAUGGAAUCUGGACCAGACAAUCCAGUGAUUGAUGCGAGCAAUGAGGUCAGGGCAUGUUAAAACACCAUGAACCAAGUCACUGAGUCUGAGAACCCGAUCCAUUAGUAGCUGCUUAUAACCAACCAGGACCCUGUUCCACAAAGCAAUCGUAGCUCUAAGACGAUCGUAGCUCUCAUACUUUAACAUAGACUGACAACAGUCGUAGCACUACAAUCGCUUUGUGGAACGGGGCCUUGGACCAAUUAGAACCCAGAAUCCUCACAGGUUAUGCAUCAGUUGUGUUGACGAGUUAUCAUCCAUUUGUACAUACUGUAUCUGUCAAUCCAAAUGUUUCACUGAGAGAUGAGAUUCCCUGGCCAAAAAUUAUUUUAACCCUUUUGAGCAGUAUUUUGGAACUGUCUGGUUGAAAGUUUAUUAUUAAUUGUCUUAACAGAGGACCCAUGAAGAUCCAGGGUAGAAUAGGUCUUCAGCAACCCAUGCUUGCCGUAAAAGGCGACUAUGCUUGUCGUAGGAGGCGACUAACGGGAUCAGGUGGUCAGUCGCGCUGACUUGGUUUAUGCAUGUCAUCGUAUCCCAAUUGCGUGGAUCGAUGCUCAUGACGGCAAUCACUGGUCGUCGAUCCACUGGUCCAGACUCGAUUAUUUACAGACCACCGUCAUAUAGCUGGAAUAUUGCUAAGUGUGGGGUUAAACAACAAAUAAACAAACUGUCUUUACAGAAAUGUUGAAAGGGAUAAAAUAUUUUUGUAAUAGAUAUGCAAGAUUUCCAACAGUGAUCUUGAUGUGUGAUGAACAUGUGAAUCUCACGGAAAUGUUAAUGCACAAUAACAUUGUCCCUCCCCAAACUGUUUUCACUAUUUCUGGGCAACCAUUCCAAAUUGCUUGUCCUGUGUGUGUUAAUCAUAUUAUUCAAGGACGGAAACUUGGCAAGUAGUUUAUCAGGUGACAACAAACUGAUCUUUGAAGCUGAAAUGUUAUCCCAGAAAAUGUGGACCCUGAAAUGUAUACAUGGAACACCAAUCAUAACUACCAAGACCACUGUUGAAAAGGUAAUUUGGAGGACAAUACCUUCACGUGUAAUUCAAUGUACAUAAAUAUGUUAUCCUUUAA